AUGGGCAAGAAGGGCCGCAACACGGCUGCCGAGCCGACUGCAGCCACGCCGGUAAUCUCGCGCGACUCUCUCCAGCGACUCAGCUACCUCUACCAGGCCUCGAUUCUCCUCAACUCGGCGCUUGCGGGCGCAGCGACGGACGCGGUACGGAAGAGAAAAGGACGGAAACGCCGACGGCUGUCGGACGAGGGGGCAGGGGCGGUAGAAGACGAGGAGGAGGUCUCAACACCCGAUCAACUGAUGAAGGACAAGGACGGCGAGGACGGGACGAGCGAGGUCCAGAAGGCUGGAGAGGCAAUGUCUCGACCUCACAAGCGGGAUCGAAGCCCUACCGGCGGUCUUCAGCCCGUUGCGCGGCAUGUUGCUCGGGAGAUGAAGCAGGUUGCGAAGAAGGCGACGGUUCGCAUGGAUCCCGCUGUCAAGCGGACAGUCUGUCAGGGCUGCGCGACUGUCCUCGUCCCGGGUGUUACCUCGACUCAUCCGGACCGCACGGUCAUCUCGUCGUCCAUACCUGCCUCUCCUGCCGUCGCCAAAGACGCCUACCUGCUUCCCCUCAUCUCGCCUCCUCCGAGCCCGAGGCAACGCCAGACGCUCAAGCGAAGAAGAGCGCUCGAGAACGGAAAGAGGAGCGCCAAGCACGGCGACCAGUCUUCUUCGAGCGCGAGGGGCAUGUAG